AUGAGAGUUAAUUCCGGCGAUGCCCUCAGCGGCGCCGCCACCAGUUCCUUCGCCACUGCAGCCGCCGCUUCUCGAGAUGCCGAGUCCCUCUUCCGCUCCAAACCCAUUUCCGAGAUCCGCACCGUCGAGUCCACCACCCGCACCCAGAUCCAGUCCAAGAAGGAGGAGCUCCGUCAACUCGUCGGCACCCGCUACCGGGAUCUCAUCGACUCAGCCGAUUCCAUCGUUCUCAUGAAGCGCUCCUCCCACUCCAUCUCCCAAAACCUCUCCUCCGUCCACGCCUCCAUCAAUUCCCUCUCCUCCACCUCCUCCGCCGACCCUCCCGAUCCCUCCCGCCACGACCCGACCCGCCACCGCAUCUACGGCAUUGCCUGCCGAGUCAAGUACCUCGUUGACACUCCCGAGAACAUCUGGGGCUGCCUCGACGAGUCCAUGUUUCUCGAGUCCGCCGCGCGCUACGUCCGCGCCAGCCACGUGCACUCCAUCCUCGCCCUCCCCGGUCAGGUGCGCUUCCUCUCCAACUUCCCUCUCCUUCAGCACCAGUGGCAGAUCGUCGACAGCUUCAAGUCCCAGAUCUCUCAGCGCGCCCGCGACCGCCUCUUCGAUCGAGAGCUCCGAUUGCCCAUCUCCUCCUACGCCGACGCCUUGGCCGCCGUCGCUUUGAUCGACGACCUCCGGCCCGAGUACGUCCUCUCCCUCUUCCUCGACAGUCGCAAGUCGUGGGUUUCCGGUAUACUCAACGCUUGUCGUCCCGAUGCUCAGUGCUCCGACGUCGUUUCAGUGCUGUGCGAGGCUCUGAGGGUGAUUCAGGUGACUGUGGGGCAGGUUGGGGAGCUCUUCUUGCGCGUGUUGAACGACAUGCCGUUGUUCUACAAGGUGGUGUUGGGUUGCCCUCCUGCAUCCCAACUGUUCGGUGGAAUUCCCAAUCCAGAUGAGGAGGUCAAGCUUUGGAAUUCGUUUCGGGAGAAGCUCGAGUCCGCCAUGGGAAUGCUGGACAAGAAUUACAUUGCCAAGGCUUGUUGCUCAUGGCUUAACGACUGCGGAGGCCAGAUGGUGGAUAGGAUCAACGGGCGGUUCCUCAUUGAUGCAAUUGGCAGUGGCCAUGAGCUCGCCUCGGCUGAGAAAUUGAUUAGGGAGACGAUGAACAGCAAAGAGGUAUUAGAAGGGAGCUUGGAGUGGCUCAAGAACGUUUUCGGGUCUAACAUUGACCUGCCAUGGAGUAGAAUGAGUGAACUUGUUCUCGGAGACGAUUCAGAUCUCUGGGACAGUAUCUUCGAACCUGCAUUUGUCGCCAGGAUGAAGGUGAUUGUGGCAUACAGGUUCGAGGAUCUCAUGAAGGCGGUGAACAUUAAGGAUGGCGAACCCAUUGAUUUCCUUGGUGCUGGUGGUGGAGUUUGGUUUGUAGAAACCAAAUCGAAUAAUGCUAAGAAAGGUACUACUAGUGCUUUGCCUUGUGAAGAGAAUUGUCUCAAUUUCUAUUUUGGUCCUCAAGUGAGUGGAAUUCGGGAUGCCGUGGAUAGUAGCUGUAAGGAUGUUCUUGAUGACAUGCUGUGUUUCUUAGAAUCGCCAAAGGCAGCUCCUAGGUUAAAGGAUCUGGCACCGUAUCUACAAGAUAAGUGUUGCCUGACCAUAUCCAAUAUAUUGGUGCAACUGACUAGUGAGCUUGAUAAUUUGGAAAUUGGCAAAGACACGCAAGGGCCAAUAACCGUUGACAGGGCACUUUUCAUCGGGAGACUCCUGUUUGCAUUGCAGAGCCACUCCAAACACAUCCCCAUUAUUCUUGGCCCUCCAAGAUCCUGGGUAAAUGUAACAGGUUCUGUAGUUUUCGAUAAGUUCCCUGCCAUGUCAAGACAAUCUAGAGCUCCCACGGAUUCUCCAGUGCUUGAUGGCCCCUCGGGUUCUAAAAGGCACACUUCAUCUGCUACUGCUGCAUUGCUUGGAGCCAGCCAAAGUGCAAGCCCUAAACUUGAAGAGCUUAAUUCAACUAUGAAAGAUCUCCGCAUCCGAGCGCAUGGUUUGUGGAUGUCGUGGUUGUCCGAUGAGCUUUCAGUUAUUCUUUCCCGUGAUCUUCAAAAAGAUUAUGCUUUGUCAUCAUCAACACCUCUGAGGGGUUGGGAAGAGACUGUUGUUACGCAAGAGCAGUCUGAUGAUAACCAAUCAGACAUGAGAAUAUGGCUCCCAUGCAUGCCUUCUCUCUAUAUAGUCUCAUUUCUAUUUCGUAUAUGUGAAGAAGUUCAUCGAAUUGGAGGUCAUGUUCUUGACAAAACAAUUCUGCAAAAGUUUGCCUUAAGACUGUUGGAAAAGGUCAUUGGUAUUUAUGGGGACUUCCUUUCUACAGUAGAGGCUGGUGGAUCUCAAGUGUCAGAGAAAGGAGUUUUGCAAGUUCUGUUAGAUUUGAGAUUUGUUGUCGAUGUCCUUUCUGGGGGUGAUUCUAAUCUGAGUGAGGAGUCAUCUGUAUACCUAAAGACAAAAAGUCCUUUCAGACGGAAGCAGGACCAAAGCCACGUGAAAUCUGCCAUUAGAGAGCGUUUUGAUGGGUUGAUAAAUCGUCUUUCGCAAAGAUUGGAUCCCAUAGACUGGCUUACGUAUGAGCCGUAUCUUUGGGAAAAUGAGAAGCAGUCCUACCAACGCCAUGCUGUCCUCUUUGGAUUCUUUGUUCAACUUAAUCGCAUGUACACAGAUACUGUUCAAAAACUUCCUACUAAUUCGGAGUCCAAUAUCAUGAGAUGCUCUUCAGUUCCUCGCUUCAAAUACCUUCCAAUCAGUGCUCCAGCAUUGUCUUCAAGAGGGACAGCUAAGGCAUCCAUUCCAACCUCUUCGGACGACAUUUCUUCAAGAAGUCCCUGGAAAGCUUAUACAAAUGGAGAACUUUCCAGUAAGCUAGAUUUGGACGAUAACGCAAGUUUUUCUGCAGUGCCAAUCUUUAAUUCUUUAAUGCAGGCUGGAAGUAAAUUCGGAGAGAGCUUAAAACUAGGAUCGAUGCUAACGGAUGGGCAAGUGGGCAUAUUUAAGGAUAGAUCAGCGGCCGCCAUGUCAUCAAUUGGUGACAUUCUACCUUCCCAGGCUGCAGGUCUUCUAUCAUCGUUCACAGCUUCCAGAUCGUACUCUUGAUUGCCUACAGAAUCCUUCAGUCUCGUCUUCAUUUGGGCACAUAUAAAUAAUCUAUGGCUGUGAAGAGAAACAACGGAGUCUCACCAAGCAUGAGAUAAUGGCUCGGAGAUUGCAGUACUUAAUUUGAAACCUGAUAGAGGAGGUAUGCAAUUAUGAAACCCUAAAUUUUGGGAUGAGUAUCGGGUGGGAGAUUAGGAAAGUUAAGAUAUGAGAGGUUGAGUAACCCUAGUUUGAAGCUUUGGGAGCUUUAUUCUUUUCUAAAUUUGAUUCGUUUUUUAGCCGCCAUAGUUUUUUGUUGGCAUCUAUUGUUAUAAACGUCGAUUCUUUUGUGUGUUUAGAUUUCCCCUUUGGGUGAAAUUUGUGUUUCCGCUUGUCUUCAACAUUGUUCGUAGUUUGGGGUUUGGCUUUUAAAGUUGGCUGUUAGUGUUCCGAAAGACUUAAGAGGAGGCUUAACGUAAGCAUAUCUCCCGCGUAUGGGUGAGCCAUCCUUAUGUAAGGAGGAGAGGUAGCUGAAAGUAUGGUCCAUUUGUUUCUUCAAUGCCCGUCUACUGUCCAGUCCAAGGCUUCAGCUCAAUUUAUCUAUGGAAGUUAACGCAAUACUGAAGGAAUUGGAGAUGAGAACGACUCGGGUAUCAUGUCGACUUGGACGACGAGGAUGCACGAUAUUGUUCGUGUUAAAAUUCAACCAUUCUCUACCAAACUGGAACUCUGUUAUGUAAUUUUGUGUGUAUAAAUACUCUUAACAUGUAUUACAUAGGAGCCUUACAUAAAUGAAUUUAUGAUUUUCUGAUUGUUA